AUGGACUGGCACCCCGAGACACAAGCGGUGCACGGGCACGCCGCCGUGCCCAUGCGCGCCGACCCCGUCGCGCCGGCGAUCUACUACAGCUCGACGUUCCGCGCCGCCGACGCUGCCGAAUUCGCGCAAAUGGCGAGCGAGCCGAGGCACGCGGGGUUCUACACGCGCUACGGCAACCCAACCCACGAGCAGGCCGCUGCUGUCCUGGCCGGACUGGAAGGCACGGAAGUCGCCAUGCUGACUGCCUCGGGCAUGGGCGCGAUCAGCACGGCAGUCAUUGCGCUGCUCAAGGCGGGCGACCACGCUAUCGCUCAAAGCCGGCACUACAUGGCUACCGCAAAGCUGUUCGACGAGCUCCUGCCGCGGUACGGCGUCAAGACGAGCGUUGUCGAGCAGAGCGACCUGGCCGCACUCGAGGCUGCGAUUACGCCCGAGACGAAGAUCAUCUAUGUCGAGACGCCGGCGAACCCGACCCUCGUGCUGACCGAUUUGGCUGGCGUCGUUGCGAUUGCGAAGAAGCACGGUAUCGUCGUGCUCGCCGAUAACACGUUUGCGGGACCGCUCAACACGCGCCCGGCCGACCUCGGCGUCGACGUGGUGCUCCACAGUGCGACCAAGUCGCUCGGCGGCCACAGCGAUAUUACGGCCGGUGCGAUCUGCACAACCAAAGCACUGGCGGAGCAGAUGUGGGACACGUCGCUGACGCUCGGCUCGACGCUGAGCCCGAUGGACGCGUGGCUGCUGCUCCGCGGUAUGCGGACGCUGCCUCUUCGUAUGGGCCGAAUCAACGAGAACGCUCUGGCUCUAGCUGCCUGGCUGGAGGAGCAGCCGCAGGUCGAGGCGGUCUAUUACCCCAUGCUGGCUAGCCACCCGCAGCACGCUAUUGCCAAGAAGCAGAUGAAGGGCGGCGGUCCGGUCGUUGCGUUAGCGCUGAAGGGAGGGUACGACCCGACCUCGCGCUUUGUCGCGGCGCUGAAGCUCGCGAGCCAGGCCGUGUCCCUCGGCGGCGUCGAGACGCUCGCGGUGCACACCGCCGCCAUGUGGAGCGGGAGCAUGAACGAGGAGCAGAUGAAGACGGCGGGCAUCUCGCCGAAUUUCGUCCGUCUCAGCGUGGGCAUUGAGAACAUUGAGGAUUUGAAGCGGGACUUUGCCCAGGCUCUGACGGAGGUGCAAUAG